UUGCUAUAUGUAGUAGAUGAGACACCUAUGAAUCAUUCUUGUCGAUCCAGAAAAAAAGCGCGGCAAUGUACUUGCUGUUUCAUCAUUCAGGAAAUUGGUACAACAAUACCAAUGGAACCGGUCAUGCCGAAGAUUAGGUGAUAAGAUUGGCACAUUUAUGACUAGCCGAUUUCGAGGGAUUUAAGUCUGAGCCAUGUGGUAAUUAGAGGUGAUAAUAAAGCGGAUGUUAAAUAGGCCAAUUGUGCGAUUGCCAAGAGGGAACUGAAUAAAAGGGCAGGAGCAAUCGAAUUAAGGUUUAAACAUAUCUCAAGCCUCAUUCGAAGCGUUACACUUACCCUACACAAAAUGAACCAGCUUACGGUGUCAAAGCGCGUUGGUCUGCCUGUGGUGCUUAGCAUAGCGUUGGCCAUUGGAGCACUGGCCGAAGAAGCUUGCCGGGGCGUUCCGGAUGGAUAUUUUGUGCAAAAUAAAAACGACUGCCAGGCCUACUUCUAUUGCCGCGAUGGAAAAGCUCAGCCGAACAAGUGCCCGAACGAUUUAUACUUCAACGAACUGAAACAGGUCUGCGACUACCGGGACCAAGUGAGUUGCCAUUUGUGCCGGCAACAGAUCGGAGUGCAGGUGUUGCCCCAUCCCGACAGUUGUGAGCAAUUCAUCGUAUGUUCGGAGGGCUAUUCGACAGUUGGACACUGCAGCGAAGGAUAUCUGUUCGAUAGCACGCGUAUGGCUUGUCAUCCAGCGGCACGAGUUAAGUGCAACACCGUACAAUGUCCGCAGCAGACCAAUCCCAGUGAAAUCGUCUAUCGACCCAGUGUGGUGCGCUGUGACGAAUAUUUCAUCUGUCAGUCCGGUAUGGCUAUACAAAAGCUCUGUGCCCCGGGAUUGUACUGGGAUCCCAUCCAAGAACGCUGUGAUUUGUCACAAAACGUUUCCUGCACUCUAUGAGUUGGUUCCAUUGUUCCAGCGUGAGCAUAGGCAAAUGUAAAAAUGAAAUGUUAUUUAUUCUUCAUCGAAAGUGUAAAAAUGGAUUUAGUACGAUGGUGCGCACUGUGCGGCACACCGAAAAAAUAAUUGUAUCUAUACAAAUCCCGAAAAAAUAGUAAUAAACUCAAUAGUAUUAAAAUACAAUAGCAAUCUUUGCUUCCCGUAUGUUAGUACUCACCGCACGUUUUGAGCGUUCCAUCAGGAUAUGAAUUCAUAGCAACCGAUAAGCAAACAAAUCGUCCACAACAAAUCGAAUCGCAUGGAUGGGCAAUGAAAGUCCACGGCACGGCUAAAUGCACUGUAAUCCUAUCAUGUGUU